AUGCGAAACGUCUACUAUUUUGUCUUGGCGUCAUGCCUGGUUGGGUUUGCCACCCACAGCGCGGCCGCCGAGCCGUCAGCCAAUGGUAAGGCGUCGGCCGGCGAACGGCUGUUUGUGGCCUCGGUCGAGCCGUUGCUCCGCCGCAAGUGCAUUGCCUGCCACGGCAAAGACCCCGACGACAUCAAGGGCGAGUUUGAUCUCCGCUCUCGGGAAACGCUGCUGCGCGGUGGCGAAUCGGGCGAAGCGGGUCUCGUGCCGGGCAAACCCGCCGAAAGCCUGCUCUGGCAAGCGGUUCGUUGGGAAACGAUCGAAAUGCCACCCAAAGAGAACGAUCGGCUCAGCGAGAAAGAGAUUGAGUUGGUCGGACAAUGGAUCGAAGCAGGCGCCCCUUGGCCGUCGGCGGAACGGAUCAAGCAGCUUGGCAACGAAACAUGGUCAAGCGGGUCGCCCGACGGCGUGAUCGUUGCCACCAGUGGCGGCCAAAGCGACGAGUGGACAAACCGUCGCUACGAUCCGGCUGACUUGUGGGCGUACCAGCCAGUGGAGCGUGAGGAAAUUCCCUGGCAAGCGUUGCCCGCGGGGGCGGUACGUCAUCCGAUCGAUGCCUUCCUGACGCAAUCGCUUGCUGCGGCCAAGCUACCCGCCGCGCCGCGUGCGAGUCGAGCGGCGCUCAUUCGCCGGCUGAGUUUCGACCUUACGGGACUACCGCCGAGUGCCCAGCAAAUCGAAGCGUUCGUUGGCGAUGAUUCUCGCGACUCCUGGGAAUCGCUAGUCGAUCGGCUCUUGGCAAGCGAGCACUAUGGCGAACGCAUGGCGCAGCAUUGGCUCGACGUGGUUCGCUAUGCCGACACCAACGGCUUUUCGCGUGACGACUUCCGCCCCGAUGCCUGGAAGUACCGAGACUAUGUGAUUGAGUCGUUCAACACCGAUAAGCCCUACGACACGUUUGUCCGCGAGCAACUCGCCGCCGACGAAUUGGACAAUGCCCCACAAAACGCAACCGGUUUCCUGUGGAUGGGCCCCUGGGAGCAAACAGCCAUGAGUGUUGCCGCCGUCACCCGGCAGCUUUGGCUAGACGAUGUCACCAACUCCGUCGGCAUUACCUUCCUGGCCCACGAGCUACGGUGUGCCAAGUGCCACGAUCACAAGUUUGAUCCGAUCCCAACACGUGACUAUUACCAGAUUCAAGCUGUGUUUGCGGCGACUGCUCAUAGCAAGGGAGGUGGCAACUACGAGAUCCGCAACGCCGUCCCCAAGCCAGUAAAUAUCCUCGCCGGUGGGUCGCUCGAAAGUCCAGGCGAGCAAGUUAACCCUGGCGUAAUGAGCGUUGUUGGGGCCGAUGCCAAUGUGACUGCCAAGCGAGACGGCCGCCGUCGCGAGUUGGCCGAGUGGGUCGCCAGCCCAAGCAAUCCGCUGACGGCCCGGGUUAUGGUGAAUCGCGUUUGGCAAAUGCACUUCGGCAAAGGGUUGGUUGCCACGCCGAAUAAUUUCGGCAAGACCGGCGCCAAGCCGACGCAUCCGGCAUUGCUCGACUGGCUGGCCACCUGGUUUGUCGAGCAUGACUGGUCGGUGAAAUCGCUUCACCGGUUGAUCGUGACCAGCGCGGCCUAUCAGCGGAGCGGGCGACAUCCGCAAGCGGAACUGCUGGCAAAAGUCGAUCCAGGCAACAAGCUGUUGUCGGUCUUUCCGACCCGCCGCCUCACAGCCGAGGAAAUCAAGGAUAGCCUGUUGGCGGUGACCGGCGAACUGAACCGCAAGAUUGGCGGAGCCAGCAAUUUCCCAGAGAUCAAUUGGGAAGUAGCAUUCCAGCCGAGGCUGCAAAUGGGCAAGCUCUCUCCACCGUACCAGCCUGACUCCAAACGAGCCGAUCGCAACCGCCGCGCGCUGUAUGCCGUGCGGUUCCGCGGUAUGAGCAACCCCAUGCUGGAAACGUUUAAUCGACCGGGAGCCGAUCUCUCUUGCGAGCGGCGCGACGAAACAAUCGUGGCACCCCAAGCAUUGACCAUGCUCCAUGGCGAGUUUGUUCACGAACGCGCGUUGGCGUUGGCCAACCAGAUCAGCAAAGAGUACGCCACUGAGUCCGCUCAAGUCGAUGCUGUGUUCAAUGCCGCCUACGGUCGCCCGCCGACCGACCGCCAACGAGCCGCUGCGCUGAAACACUUGGCGGAAAUGACGCAAAUGCACGAAGCGCAUCGGCUAGAACACAUUGCGUUGCCGACCGAGGUUGAACUCGAUGGCAUUAGCGAACGCACAGGCGUUUCCGAGAAGAAGAAGUUUCCCCUGAACAAGUUGAAAAACUAUGAACAAGACCUGCAGCCGUGGGAGGUCGAGCCAUCGGUGCGGGCAGUGGCUGAUCUUUGUUUGGUGUUGUUCAAUUCAAGUGAGUUUCUUUACAUCUAUUAA